AAUUACUUUAUAUAUUCUGUGUGUUUUAAUUCUUGAUUAAAAUACGAUGGAUGAGACGGAGCCUGGGUUCGGUGUAGCAGAUUACAUAGUUUUCUUCGGAAUGCUAAUAAUGGCAACGGCGAUCGGGGCAUAUUACGCUUUUAAAGAUAGAAACAAGAAAACGGUUGAGAAUUAUUACUUUGGCAAUAAAAGAAUGUCACCGAUCCCAGUGGCACUAUCCCUCUCUGUGACUUUCAUAUCCUCAAUAACUGUUCUUGGUUAUCCGGCUUACGCCUAUCUUAUGGGAACAGUGGUGUUUUGGUUCAGUGCUGCCACUUUGGUACAGAUUUUUGGUGCUUGCUUUUAUUACAUACCGCUGUUCCACAGACUUCAAUUGCCUUCCGUGUACGAGCUUUUAGAAAUCCGAUUUCACCGAAGUGUUCGACUUUUCGCUUCAUCCCUUGUUAUAUUUAAUACGGUUACUCAUAUGGCCUUCACAUUAUACGUGACUUCACUUGCCUUAACAUCUGUAAGCCCAAUCAGUUUAGCGGUUAGCAUUCUACUCACUUCAGGAAUCUGCACAUUAUAUACAACUAUUGGCGGCAUGAAAGCUGUGAUAUGGACCGACACAUUGCAAGCAUUCAUCAUGGUAUCUGGUUCCAUGGCUGUAUUUAUAAAGAUCGCUAUUUUACUUGGAGGAACUGAUAAGAUUUGGGAAGCAGUUGAAAGAGGACAUAGAAACACUGUUUGGGACUUCAACCCGGACCCGACCCUUGUCCAUACAUUUUGGACGAUAAUGGUUGGUGUAGGGAUAUCUUGGUCAACAGCUGGUUGCUGUAACCAAGCUUUUGUUCAACGUUAUCAAACUUGUGAGAGCGUUCGCGAUGCAAGAAUAGCAUCUAUCUUGUCCGGGAUCCCGAUGUCACUCCUGCUUUUCAUAGCAGCAUUAAACGGUUGUGCGAUGUAUGCUUACUAUGAAGGGUGCGAUCCUUUGACAGCUGGGAAAAUAAUCAAAAUUGAUCAGACUGUCCCUUACCUGGUGUUGCAAAUCUUUGCAGAGUUGCCUGGAAUGGCGGGGCUGUUCGUUUCAGCUGCUUACAGCGGCAUGCUAAGUACUGUAUCUUCUGGCAUCAACGCCGUAUCCGGACUCGUACUUGCUGACUUUCUCCUGCCUUGCUUCCCCAGAUUAAGAGAGAAAACACAACUUAACAUUAGCAAAUUACUUGGUUUCGUGGUAGGUGGAAUCGUCACCACUUUAGCUUUCCUAACAGAAGCAAUCGGGUCAACCAUAAUACAGCUCGCUGUGACCGCCGGGGGUGCUUUUAGCGGCCCUUUACUUGGGGUUUAUACAAUGGCCAUAUUUUUUCCGUGGAUUAACGCGCUGGGCGCUAUAUUUGGUAUGACAAUUGGCUUCGGCUUCUCAAUGUGGGUUACUAUCGCUGGUACAAUGUACCAAGAUCCAACAAAAAAGCGAGUGUUGCCACUUAAUGCAGAUCAGUGUAUGGUUGCCACAACUAACGACUGGUUGGGCAACACUACAAAUCUGAACUCCAGCUACAUACAAUAUGCCACAAUGAGUUAUCCAUACACAACUAUGGAUUUCAACGAUGAGGUUGCUGCUGAUUCAUCAAGACCGUACUUGGCUGAUUCAUUGUACUCCAUCUCAUAUCUAUAUCUUGGAGCUCUGGGUUUAGUUGCUACUCUUGUAACAGGACUUCUGGUUUCUUGUAUAACAGGUUUCAAAAAUCCGAAGAUGAGUGAUCCUCGAUAUUUUGUUCCAUUUAUUGAAAGCAAAUACCUUCCUGAGAAAGUAAACAAGUUCUUUCGCUUUGGUGUCCCUGAGUUAGAUUUUGACAAGAAGCCAGCCAUGUUAUCUAAUGGUGGAACCAACGAAAAACUCAUAAAUUUCUUGGAAAUAGCAAAAAUAAACAGAACUUCUGACGCUGAAUUGACGGAUGGGUUAGACGUAGCAACAGUUUAACUUUUAUAUUUUUUAAAUAUCCAAAAAAUCUGUAAUAUAGUACGGUGGGAAAGAUGUGACACCUUUUCUUUUUGAUUUCUGGUCCCAUUUGAUAGUAAACAGAUAACAUUCAAAAAAUUACAAAACCUUAUUCCCACGACUCUUAUACCGUUGUUCAUUGCUUAAAACAUAAUCCUAAUAUUUAGAUAUUAUGUGCUAGAGGUGUUCCAUCUUACCCCACAGUACUAAAUAGUAGUUUGGGUAAGUUGGUUCAUGUUUUCAUCAUUUUUCGUCAUUUCAUUUAGUAGCAGAAUCAUAUAUCCGUAAUCCUCGUGACCCUGAAAGAUUGCUGUUAAUUAUUAAAAAAGCGAUUAUAAAAUUUGGAGUAUUAUGUGUUUGGGGUACUCAUGUUACCCCGCAGUAAUAAAUGGUCUGACUAAAUUGUAUUACAUCAAUAUGUGCAGUUCCGUAUGUCAAUGAUAUAAUCAGUAGUGGAGUUAUAUACUUCUAAGAUUACGAAAAAUUUCACCUUCUGUUUUAACCCGUUUAAAUGAAAUACAUUUUCAGUAUUA